AUGAAACCAAAUAAUUUCAAACCACCAGUUGAAAAGAUUCGAAAACGUAAAUCACAUAAUCAAAAAAUUCAUGAUGCACAUGUUUUACGAACACAAGAAAAAGAAUCAGCUAAACAAACUCAAGACGAACAUCGACAAGCUGUCAAAAGUGCUAUGGAUCAAUAUAAAACAAAUAAACAAAAUCGUUUGAAGAAAUUAGUUAAAAAAACACGCCGUGGUCAACCUGUUAUGAAAGGACAAAUUGAUUUGUUACUUGAUAAAAUUCAAAAAGAAAAAGAAAAAGAAAAACAAUAA